UUUUCAGAUGAAAACUAAAAUGGUAGCCUGCCUGUUUGAAGAAUAAGAUGAAAGAAUGCGUUCUUCUACCAGAUAUGGGAUAUAUCUACUCUGGAUAUUUGCAGUUUUCAUACUCGGGAUAUAUGUAUUCACCAGUGGAUUUCUACUCCAAAGACGAGUUCUUCCUAACGAAACAACUUGCCAGGAGCGUGGAUGUAAUCAACCCCCAACAGUGUUUAAGAAAGCUAUUGUGAUACUUAUAGACGCUCUUAAGUAUGAGUUCUGUGCUUGGAAUUCAACCUGGAGUAGAUCCUCUGCUAGCCGUGAACCUGGAGAUAAGCUAAACCAUCCUUCUCAUCAUAUUAACCAGCUACCAGUCCUGCAUAGGCUCUCCAGACCCAGCCCAGACACAGGACAGAUACAUGGAAAAAUUUUCAGGUUUAUGGCUGAUCCCCCAACUACCACCAUGCAACGACUGAAAGGUUUGACUACUGGAAGUUUGCCAACGUUUAUUGAUGCCUCGAGUAACUUUGCCUCUUAUCAAAUUCAGGAGGACAGUUGGUUAAACCAACUUACAAGACAUAAUAAGUCCAUUCAUUUCGCAGGGGAUGAUACUUGGCUAAGUCUCUACCCGGACACUUUCAAGAAAUCUGUUCCUCUGCCCUCCUUUGAUGUCUGGGAUCUUGAUACUGUUGACACUCAAGUAACAAAGUUCUUGUAUUCCGAACUGGGGAUGGAUUGGGAUAUUCUGCUCGGUCAUUAUCUUGGAGUUGAUCAUGCUGGUCAUAAGUUUGGCCCGAAUCAUCCUGAAAUGAGAAGAAAGCUUAGAGAGAUGAACGCCGUCAUAGAACAUGUUGUUGACAAUCUACCUGAAGACACUGUUCUAGUAGUGCUAGGGGAUCAUGGUAUGACGAACAGCGGGGACCAUGGAGGAGACUCACUCCCAGAGAUUGAAGCUGGAUUGUUUGUGUACGGACUAAAGUUAGGAUUUGAUUUAAAAGCUGAAGCAUCCACUGUUUCUCAGAUAGAUCUUGUUCCAACUCUAUCUCUUCUUCUAGGAGUUCCAGUUCCCUUCUCUAACCUUGGUGCUCUUAUUGACGAACUCUUAAUCCCAACUAUGCUAAUCAAGGAAAGUGGUUCAGGGUCACAUAGUAGGCUGACCAGCUUUUCCCAAGAAGAUCUCAUCAAAUUUAGAAUGUCGUACAUGAAGGCUAAUGUACACCAGGUGUACAAAUAUCUAACUGCGUACCUCAAUGCUGGAGGUAGUUUCCCGGAGAAAGAAAACUAUAGAAUCAGAAACCUGGCAAGCGAGGUGAUAAACCGACCUGGAGCCCUAUCCCCAACGGAAGCUAGAGAACUAUAUAUCAAGUGUAAAGAAUUCCUACAAGCAGCUAAACAUAUGUGUCAGGCAGUUUGGGUCAAUUUUAACGAACAGGCAAUAACCAUUGGUUUAACCAUUGUUGUUCUUCAUUUAUCUAUUCUGUCGAUACUGGUUUGCAAACCUCAAUCCAGACUCAUCUCAACACUGAUAUCAGGAUUUCUUUUGAUAUGCAUCGGUGCCUCAAUUCUUCUUGGUUCAUUUUUCGGGGUCACGUUGGCUGUUUUAGCAGAUUGGAUUAAUGCUAUGGAUGAAAGUCUACCAACUAUGGACCUACUUCUGAUUUACUCCUUGUCGUUCUUCACCCUCCUCACGAACGGGAUGUGGCUCCUCUGGAAAGUUAGAUAUUGUAUGAAAGAGAUGGUUCUGGAGUUGAAGUCUGGACAUAAUAUUCAAUAUGUAUGUUCAGCAGGCAUUUAUCUACUUAUAUCUUUCUCAGUAUUCUCGAACUCCUUUGUUGUCAACGAAUCCUCAGUCCUAGGAUUCUGUUUUGUAUCUACUCUCUUUCUUUACCUCAUACUACACACUAGGAAAUCUGUCCCUGUGAGCCUGUUGAUCCUGGGCAGCGUGGGUUUGACCCGGUUAUCCUUCUUGUACGUGAGAUGCAGGGAGGAGGACGGUCCAGACUGUGUACUCACACAAUACCACAAGCCUCUGAGUACCCUGGACAAUGAGAGUGGUUUCUACCGGAACUGGAGAUACUUCUUCACCCUUCUCUCCCUCUUCCUACUCUGCCUGUCUGUCCACCUGGGGUUAUCCUCAGCCGGAAAUUUGAACGGGAUCUCCUGUUCCGUUCUCACAGCCAAGUAUUUACCCUGGAUAAUUGCUGUACUCAUGGCCAGCUACUGGGCCCUCCAGUCAUUUCCGUCCCCAUUGAUCUCUAAACUGCUUCCCUGGCAGCAUAAUCUGAUUGUUCACACGGUUCUACUUCUUGUUCUUGCUGGCAUUUUUAUUCUAGUGUUAAAUCCACGCCUUGUAUACUUUCAAACCAAGAAGAAGAACUCGAGUAGAAUUUAUCGUCAAGAAAACAUACCUUGCUACUUUAACUACAUGAAGGCAAAUUGGAGGACAACGUUGAGUGAUAAAUCCACCCCAUCAAUACCUCUAGGUUAUGGACUGGGAUCCUGCCUGUCUGCUCCCUUUAUCUCAAUAUCUGUGUUCUUCGUAUUCCUUAGCAUGCUCAUAUCCGGAGACGGGCAGUGUCCGGCAGUACUCGCCCAGUUCCUCCUAAUGUUAGGAGUAAUAGUGAUAACCUCUCAAUAUAGGCUUUAUCAGAUGAGGAGUUUGUCAGGAUUGCUGGAUGUUUCCCUACCCGUUCUCCUACCCUGGAUACUACUAGACAAUCUUUCAUUCUUUACUUCAGGUUUAUAUUAUACUAUCCUUAAUAUUAAUCGUCAUACCCUGGAUACAACUAGACAAUCUUUCAUUCUUUACUUCAGGUUCAUAUUAAUACUAUCCUUAAUAUCCAUCCUUCUACCCUUUAUAUUACAAGACAAUUUUUCAUUCUUUAACUUCAGGUUCAUAUUAAUACUAUCUUUAAUAUCUAUGCUCCAAACCUGGAUACUAUUAGACAAUCUCUCAUUCUUCUAUUCAGGUUCAUAUUAAUACUAUAUCCUUAAU